GAUCAAAGGCAACCCUAAACCCUAUCAGAGCAAUCACCACCAGAAGCCCUAGCCGCCACCGUCUCCAUCACUGAUCUCCUCUACUUGGCCAGAGGGUGUCGUCGCCGCCGGGAUUGUGAUAGAAAGCGUGCCGUCGUCGCCAAAAGUGGUCUCUAUCGAUCAGCCCUCUUCUUUCCGUCGCGCUCGGAGUUCUUCUCCUCGCCGUCGCGUCUCUCUUCAAGCUCUCUGUUUCUCUCCGAGCUCACUCUGUCUCUGUCUUAUCAGUCUCAUUGAGAGCUGCACGAGAAUUAGAUUUGGAUUUGCACGUUCCGGGGCUGGUCGUCGAUGCCGUCUUCUUGCUUCGAGCCUCGCCGUCAGCAGCUAGUCCUGAUUUAAGAAAUGCUGGGGAGAGGCUAAUAUGGCACUUGGGAACAGUACUGCUAAGUUAUCGGAACUCCCUCUGAGUGUCGGGACCUCAUACUUGUGCACAACUGCUUCGCACUCUUAUCAACUUAGCAUUCUGAGGCCUUUCUGUGUCUCUGCCAACUACCCAACCCACUCCCAACCCAAACCUUCCGAUAAAGUCACCUCAUCUGACACUUGGCUCACCAAGUGGCCUCCCGCUAACCCUAAUUCUUCCCGAUUCCCCAACCCCAAACCCUCACCACGUUUCCCCCAACCGGCCGCCGAUGACCUCUUUGACCCCGACAACUCUCACUUCUUGCGGAAUGACAACAACCCUUGCAACGCAAUUGACAGAGUCGUUCUCCGCUUGCGAAAUUUACGAUUAGCCUCCUACAACGACGAUAACGUGGAAGCACCCGGAGGUUUAAGUCGCUUGCUACGCCGAGACUGGGUUCGUUCUGAUACCGCAUUGGCUGAGGAUGAAGCUAACGACAUGCUUCUGCCAUGGGAUAGAGACGAAGGUGAGGAUGAGAAGGAAGCUGUGGAGGUAGAGAAUAAGGUGAUGCAGAAGAGGAAGGUGAAGCCGCCAACUUUGGCGGAAUUGACUCUUGAGGAGGAGGAGCAGGCGCGGUUGCGAAGAUUGGGGAUGCAACUGAAGGAGAAGGUGAAUGUGGCCAAAGCUGGGCUCACGCAGGCCGUGCUGGACAAGAUUCAUGAUCAGUGGAGGAAGAAGGAAGUUGUUAGGCUCAAGUUCCAUGAGCUUCUUGCCAGAGAUAUGAAGACUGCUCAUGAAAUUGUUGAGCGCAGAACAAGAGGGUUAGUUAUAUGGAGGUCAGGAAGUGUUAUGCUGGUGUUUCGUGGGAAAAACUAUGAAGGACCAACACCUGCAUCUUUGGAAAGGAGUGAGCCGGUUAUGAUGAAUCAAGAACAGCUUGCGAACAUGACGCCAGAGGAAGAAGAGUUUGACAGGAUGCUUGGUGGUUUAGGUCCUCGUUUUGUCGAAUGGUGGGGCACGGGAAUACUUCCUAUUGAUGCGGAUUUACUUCCUCCUGCUGUACCUGGAUAUAAGACUCCCCUUAGACUUCUUCCAACUGGAAUGCCUCCGAGACUAACAGAUGCAGAGCUGACGAAUAUGAGGAAACUUUCCAAAGCUCUUCCUUGUCAUUUUGCUCUAGGUAGAAAUCGAAAUCUCCAAGGUCUCGCAGUUGCUAUUCUGAAGCUAUGGGAAAAAAGCUUAGUUGUGAAGAUUGCUGUUAAGCGUGGUAUCCUGAAUACAAACAAUGAACUAAUGGCCGGGGAGCUAAAGAAAUUAACAGGAGGCACCUUGCUGAUAAGAAAUAAAUAUUUCAUUGUAAUAUAUCGCGGGAAGGACUUUGUCCCAACUAGUGUCGCUGCUGUUUUAGCUGAAAGACAAGAAAUGACAAAACAAGUAGUAGAUGAUGAGGAGAAGGCACGGCACAGAGCCAUUGAUGUAACUCAAUCAGGGACAGAUGAAGCAACGACUCAAGCAGGAUCAUUGGCUGAGUUCUAUGAAGCUCAGACACGCUGGGGAAAGGAUAUAUCUGCUGAAGAACGUGAGAAGAUGAUCAAAGAGUCUGCAAAAGCUAAGAAUGUUAAGCUUUUCAGAAAAGUUGAACGUAAACUGGUUCUUGCCAAGACCAAAAAGAUUAGAGCAGAAAAUCUUUUAUCCAAGGUAGAAGCUUCCUUGGUUCCAGCUGAUCCUGAUUGUGAUCAGGAAACAAUAUCGGAAGAAGAGCGUGCUAUGUUCCGCAGGGUUGGUUUAAUUAUGAAGCCGUACUUGCCACUUGGUAUACGUGGAGUUUUUGAUGGUGUCAUUGAGAAUAUGCAUUUGCAUUGGAGACAUCGUGAGCUUGUUAAAUUAAUAACAAAACAAAAGACCUUUGCUUUUGUUGAGGACACAGCUAGAUUACUGGAAUAUGAGAGUGGUGGAAUACUAGUGUCGAUAGAUAGACUUCCAAAAGGAUUUUGUCUUAUUUACUACCGUGGGAAAAAUUAUAGGCGUCCCGUUACCAUAAAGCCAAGAAACCUUCUAACAAAGGCAAAGGCAUUAAAGCGUUCAAUUGCCAUGCAACGCCACGAGGCACUGAGUAAGCAUAUUACUGAAUUGGGGAGAAAAAUAGAAGAAAUGAAAGAGGAACUUGGUUUGUCUCAUGAUUUGGAGCCUGAAGAUAGGGGUGGAAUAGAGGACCUUAACCGUAUAGAUCAUGUCAGAAUCCACCCUGAGUGAGCUUGAAGCUUCGGACGGGGAACAAAAUGACGGUGAUUUUGGCAAUGAGGAAGAUAGUGACUGGGAUUUUGAGGAUUAGAAGUUUCAAAACUUUGAAAAUGAUGAUCAUCCCCGGAUGGCAGGUGUACAGAAUUGCGGUGAAGUUUGUGGAUGACAUGCCGUUGCAUGCAGCCAGGAGCCAGGUUUAUUCAAUUUAGGUAUCAAGUCUGCAUAUAUGCUGAAUAAAAUUGCUGCGUUCCGGUUUAUUCAAUUUUCCAGCGAGACAUGCUUAAGGAAUCCAUCACCAAUUGAAAUCUCACUGCUAUCUUGUUUCUUAGAAUGCUGCUUAUUUUCUCUCUCUCUCUCUAAAUUAUUACCAUGUAAUAUGUAAAUAUCCAAUUUGAUGAGAUACAAUUGUGACUGACUCGAUUCCCCACGAAUA